GUCGCGAUUCUCGACGGAGGCAAGGGUCCAGUUCUUGCUCGAGAAAGCUCAGAUCUAUAUUAUGCAGGGCUUGGAUUUGAAGGCACGGGAAAAUGUCAAUUUGGCUAAGACCGUGUCUGGAUUCAGCUAUGCCUUGUCUGGAGCUCUGGGAAAGCGGACGAAAUUCCAGCAGACUGACAUUUCUCAACUCGUCGUCUUUGCAAGGAGCAAAGAGACUGAUGAGGAUCAAACUGAGGAUUUAUCUGGAAAGCUGGCUGAGAGUAGCCUUUCUAACGGCAAGCAAGAUAAUCAAGCGCCAAGUGGAAGUGGCCCCAAGGCGUUGGAUCUAGAUGACGAUACGCUCCUCGAGUCAAUUCAGUUUGCAAAGCCAGCAUCUGACAAAGUGGAUAAUUCAAAACUUCCUCCUGAGCUGGCUAAUCUCGCCCCAGAUGAGCAACCACAGCUUAAACCUUUGGAUCAGAUCACGUUACUCACGGAAGCAACUCUCAAAGACACGCUUUCACCCCUGGACAAACUGAACAGCGAGGAAAUCCUGCCCUAUGCCGUCCGUGUGCUUACGGACAAGCCUACGAACUGGCAAAUCUACACGCAAGCUUUGUUAGUGCGAAGCAGGAUCGAAUCCCAUCGGUCAAGGACCCAGGAAAGAAGUGUUCUUCAACUUCAGGUCAUUGUCGACCAGAUCAUUGCCGACACCCAAGAAGAGGCAUCAUCCGCACCGGAUGGAGUCCCGGAAAUCAAGGUCACUCAGUUCCUUCCUCGAGCAAAACCUGAGGAGUCCGCACCUGUAUCCGAACGCUUGAAGUACGUCUUCCAACUCAACACGCCAACGCGCUGGGAGUUGGAGACCGAGCUGGCAUUUGCAUGGAGCAGUGCUGGGAGUCUAGUAAGUGCUCUUGAGAUCUUCAAACGGCUACGGCUGUGGGCAGAGGUAGCACUCUGCUACCACUCCGUCGGGCAAGAAGACAAAGCUCGCCGGAUCGUUCGCAGGCAGCUGUACUAUUCCUCGAAGGGAGAGGAGAUGGACAAGUACGACAUCGAUGCGGAUGCGGUCGUGACCGAAGACUGGACUGGCGAGAUCCGCUCCCCGCCGCCGCCUCACUCCCCUCGAUUAUGGUGCAUCCUGGGCGACCUAGACCAAGACCCCACGUGCUGGGAGCGGGCCUGGGAGAUCUCCAACCAUCGCUAUGCGCGAGCGCAGCGCACGCUCGGUGAGUACUACACGCGCCAGGGCGAUCUCGAUGCAGCGCGCGAAGCGUACAUGAAAGCCACGGUCGUCAACCGGCAGAACAGCGACACCUGGUCCCGCCUGGGCGACAUCGACCUCCGCGUCGGCAACUGGGACGGCGCCAUCAUCGCCUUCCAGCAAUCCAUCAUGAUCGACGACACCGACGCCCAGACGUACAACAACCUAGGCUCGGCCCUGAUCUCCAAGCACGCCGAGGUAGUCUCCCUCCAGAAAGCCGCUGCGCAAGACCGCCUCCCGACGUCCAACGCCAACGACGACGACGACGACGACGAUGGCGGCGAGAUCACCGACCUCCCCGCAGCCCCGCCACAAUCCCCACGGGACAUCCUGCGCCAGGCUCUCGCGGCCUACAAGCGCGGCGCCACGCUCGCCCACGACAACUGGAAGAUCUGGGACAACGUGAUCACGGUCGCAGGCCGCAUGUCUCCCCCUGCCUUCCCCGAACUCCUCAUGGGCAUGCGGGCCGUGCUCCGGAUCCGCGGGCCCGCGAUCGGCGAGCGCGCCAUCGACGCCGCCGUGCUGCGGGCGCUGAUCUCAGAAGUCACCUCUGGCGAGCGGCCGACGAACCGCAACCCAGCGGAGAACCAGCCGGGGAGCGCGUACAUGCCGCCGCGCGGCAGCCUGGCGCGGGCCACGCUGGAGAUGGUGGAGCGCGAGGUGGUGCCGCUGAUCACGGAGCGGGCGGAGCUGUGGGCGCUGGUGGAGCGGCUGGCGAUGUGGCGGCGGGACUACGAGGGGGCGCUGGGGAGCGCGGAGCGGGCGUGGCGGGUGGCGAGCCAGGGGGCGGGGUGGUUGGAGGAAGUAGAGGCGUGGCGCGGGGUGGUGACGGCGACGGAUGCGUUGGUCAGCGCGUUGGAGAACUACGGACCGCAGGAGAGAGCGGAUGGGAGCGGACAGGAGGUCGAGAAGGCAUGGCGGGUCAAGGCGCGGAAUGCGGUGAGGAGUAUCAUGAGCAAGGCGAGGGAUGUGUGGGAGGGGACCGAGGAGUGGGAGUUGUUGCAGCAGAGGCUGGAAGAGUUGAAGGGCUCAUAGAUAGAUAUCUAAGCAUAUACCUAUAUCAAAAUCAAAUCAAAUCAAGUCUAGUCUUCAAAAAGAAAGAAAGGGGGGGGCUAGAUAUCUACAUAUAUAUAUAGACAAGGUGACGAGU